AUGCAGGCGUCUUUUUUAUGGUGAGUUCCGGAACAUUUAUUAAAGGUUUGUUGAGAGGAGCAAAAGUUCGGAGAAGAUAAAUAAUAGGUUGAACUUUCUGGACUGUUCCUUCAGUUUUGAAUCAACAAAUGUGCAAUGCAGAUGAAUUUUUAUAAACCUUCUUUAGGAAACUUCAUCAGAAUUCCAAAAAAGAACCUUUAUCUCUAUAAACUUUUACCCAGGCAAUUUUUUAGAAACCUUUUCGGAGCUCAAACAGGUGAAAAAAGUCCUUUUAACUAAGACCCUUUUCUAGAAAUAGACACUUUUCCGAUAAAAGGCACAGAAAGGCGCUUCCAAAUGUCUUUGUAAAAAAGUCCUUAUUAGUUCCUUUUUGAGUUGAUCCGUGAAAUUCCUAUUUUUUAGACGUUUUCGAACUUUCUACGCCUCAAGAGAAACAUUCAAAACACAAGAAAAACUCCAAUUUUUUCUUGAACUCUAUCCGUUAAAUAUGAUAAAUGAACCUCAGUUUUGAUCCGAAACGUUUCAGGAUCCACUUACUGUCGCUGGCGUUUCUCGUCGCCGAAUCCAUUUCGAUGCCGCUUUUUGACGCUUUGAUGUACGAGCCCAAGAUUUUCGGCUUCGACUCGGUUCAUCAUCACAAGGUUUGGAACUAUCCGAAAUCUGCAAUAAUCAGUCAUUUUUUUUGUUGUAUCUUAAACAAAACUUUUCGAAAACCGAUUUUUCGAUGCUCAAAAUAGAAAAGAAGACAUCAAAUAUCAUCUCUUUCAUGAGAGAAACGUCAUUUCUGAGUCACUUCGAAAGUUAAGAAUGGUUGAACAUUCGAAUUCUACUCAACCUUUCAAUUUGCAGCACCACGGACAUCACAAGACGAAAUAUUUGACAAAACAAGACGGAGGCGCGUCUCAUCGCGCUCAAAUCUACAAAAACCUUCUAAAAACGAAGCCUAUCUGGCCGUGGCCCUAA